GGAAACAACAGCCAAGCCUUGUCAACCGCGCAAGAACACAUGGCAAGCCACGGUAUAUCGCGUGGGUCAGGCCCGAUAGUUCGGUCAGAAGAGGCGCGACAGAAGGAGCUUCAACAGAUUGCGGAUUACAAAGAUCUAGCCGAUCUGGUGAAUGCGAAGGUUGCAGAGAAGCAGUAUACCAUCGAAGUCUUGGGCCUUGUCACGAAGCUCCUAAACGAAAACCCCGAGUAUUACACGAUAUGGAACCACAGGAGACGCGUCCUGAUGGCGCUCUUGACAUCAGAUGCUCUUGAGCAAUCGCCAGAAGACCUUUUGCAAGGCGACCUGCAUCUCACCUUUGCGCUGUUACGGAAAUUCCCAAAGUGCUAUUGGAUAUGGAACCACCGAAACUGGCUUCUGCGCGAAGGGGAGGCGCUGAUGGGCGUGGAAGCAUCACAUAAGCUUUGGUCGGGAGAACUGCAACUCAUAAACAAGAUGCUACACGCGGACAGCCGCAAUUUUCAUGCCUGGGGCUAUAGACGAUUCGUCGUGUCGCAGAUCGAACGGCUGGCCGCGUCUGAAGACAUCCCCACGACCGGCACUACACCGAAAAGCCUCACAGAGUCCGAGUUCGAGUACACAACCAAAAUGAUCAAGACCAAUCUUUCCAACUUCUCCGCCUGGCACAACCGCAGCCAGCUUAUACCCAAGAUGCUCUGCGAGCGCGAUGCAGACGCCCAAGCUCGCCGCGCAUUCCUCAACUCAGAACUAGCUCUAAUAUGCGAAGCCAUAAACACAGAUCCUUUCGACCAGUCUAUAUGGUUCUACCACCAAUACCUCCUCUCGAUAUUGUCUCCGUCAUGUCCACCUGGUUCGCUUGUUGUCCAGGAUCUGACCAACGGCGAGCGACAAAAGUACUACGAGCACGAGAUGGAGUAUAUCAGGGAGAUAUUAGAGGACGAGGAGGAUUGCAAGUGGAUAUACGAGGCACUUCUCGGGCUCGCAGAGGCGUACCUAGCGGUGGACGCAGGAACCGGGUCGUUUACAACAAAGGACAUGAAGUCGUGGUUGGACGAGCUGAAGCGUCUGGAUCCGCUGCGGCAGGGGCGGUGGAGCGAUCUCGAGCGUCAACUUGAUCUUUAAAUGCCAGUUACAAUACCAUCAGGGCUUGCCUUUGGAGUUUUCAGCGCUGCUAGUCGCAGGCGCAGUCGCACUUUCCGUCUUGUUGUCCUUCUUCCAUGCCCAGAGUCCGAGCGUGUUCGACCACGAAUUAUCAGCAGGCGCAGAAGUGACGAUAUCCUCUUUCUUAGUCUGUAGCUGUGUGGAAGCUCUGCCAACCGGGGCUGCUGGUGGCGGAGUUGCUGUACUUGUGGAAGCGGCAGCAGCAGCGAGUUCCCUGGUAUGAAUGUAAGUGAAAGCAAGAGAAAGCGCAUGUGGAGCCGGCGUACCGUUUGUAUUCUGCCUCCAAUCGUGCUAUUCGCUGUUUUUUAAACUCGCC